UUGCAUGCCUAGGAACUACACCCUGCUUGAGGAGGUUUUAAACUAGCGGCACUACAUUUUGGCCAUGAAUGGUUACUUGGAUGAGUCCGACUUUGUGCUGGUGGAGGAGGGCUUCACCCCCAGAGACCUCCUGGAGAACCUGCUCGUGGAGCCGUGCCACACGGUAGGGGCUGCGCAGUCCCCGGGGGGCGAGCAGGGAGCCUUCUUCAUGGCCGACCUGGGCGACGUGGUGAGGAGACACCUGCGCUUCCACCAGGCCCUGCCCCGCGUGACGACCUUCUUCCCCGUGAAGUGCAACAGCAGCAGGGGAGUGCUAGGGCUGCUGGCCGAGCUGGGGGCCGGCUUCGCCUGCGCCAACAAGGCAGAGAUCGCCCAGGUUCGAAGCAUCGGUGUUCCAGCUGAGAAGAUCUUCUACAGCAACCCCUGCAAGCAGGUCGCCCACAUCAAGUACGCUGCCAGCCACGGCGUGCAGCUGAUGACCUUCGACAACGAGGUGGAGCUAAACAAGGUGGCGCGGAGCCACCCUCAUGCCAGGAUGCUGCUGGGUAUCGCUGCUGACUUCAACCCCUCUCCCCAUCCGAGUGUGACGUUUGGGGCCACCCUCAUGUCCUGCCAGCGCCUGCUAGAGAUGGCAAAGGAGCAGGCUGUGGAGGUCGUCGGCAUCAGCUUCCACCUCGGGAGCCACUGCCUGGACCCCCAGGCCUUCACUCAGGCUGUAGGCGAAGCCCAGCUCGUGUUUGAGAUGGGCACAGAGCUGGGCUACAGGAUGCACGUCCUGGACAUCGGCGGGGGAUUCCCUGGUCCCGAGGACACCAGAGCGCGGUUCGAAGAGACCGCCGCUGCCAUAAACUCUGCCCUGGACUUGUAUUUCCCGGAGGGCUGCGGGGUGGAGGUUGUGGCGAGACCAGGGCGCUACUACGUCAGCUCGGCCUUCACCUUUGCAGCCAGCGUCACUGCCAAGGAAGAGCUUCCACCGGGCCAGCCUGGCUCAGAGGAGGAAGAGUCUGGCAGCAAGAAGAGCAUCGUGUAUCACCUCAGCGACGGCAUCUACGGCUCCUUUAGCUGUGUCCUCUUUGACAGCCCAUGCCCCAGGCCUCUCCUGCACAAGAAGCCUUGUCCUGACCACCCAUCGUACAGCAGCAGCCUCCGGGGUCCCCCAGGACCCGCCGAGGACCGGAUCGCGGACGGCUUGGAGCUUCCGGAGCUGCAGGUCGGGGACUGGCUCAUUUUCGAGGACAUGGGUGCCUACACUAUCACGGCGGCGUCCCCGCUCGGAGGGUGUCCCCAGCCACGGAUCAGCUAUGCCAUGUCCCGCGUGGCCUGGGAAGCCGUCCAGCUCUUCCACGGCAAGCCGUCCCGAGCGGAAGAGGAGCGGGAGAACGUGUGCACGCCGCUGUCCUGCGGCUGGGAGAGCGCCGAGACGCUCUGCAUGGCCCCUGCCGUCCCCGCCACUGGCAUCAUCUGAGCGGCACCGGGGACCCGGGGUCCCGCACCCCCCGUUCU